AUGCGUCGCUACACCGUUGUCUUCAUGAUAUUUUUAUCAUUUAUUAGCAUUUACAUGAACAGAGUGUGUAUGAGUGUGGCCAUUGUGGAAAUGACUAGGAAAUUUAACACAACUCUCGAGAAUGGCAACAUCGUGGAAGAUCAGCACUUCGCAUGGGAUUCAAAGCAGCAGGGACUGGUUCUCAGUUCAUUCUUCUACGGCUACAUGUGUACGCAAAUCAUCGGCGGAAUUUUAGCCUCGAGAUUCGGCGGUUAUUAUAUCGUUUUGUGUGGCGUCGGAGGAUCGGCAUUGAUGGCCUUAUUGGCUCCUGUUGCAGCUUCGACGAGCAUUUAUUUCCUAAUGGCAGUGCGAAUAAUUGAGGGAUUCUUCGAAGGAUUCAAUUUGCCAUCGAUGCACGCCAUCCUCAGUCGAUGGGCGCCUGUUUUUGAACGCUCCAGGAUGGCAAGUUUCUGCAUUAUGGGAUGCUUUAUGGGGACAGUAGUCACGAUGCCAUUGUCAGGAGUUUUAGUCUCCAACUUGGGAUGGAGAAGUGUGUUUUACUUCUUUGGCAGUUUUGGACUUAUUUGGUGUUGUGUGUGGAUUUCACUCAUUCGACCAUAUCCCGAGACUGACUCCUUUAUAUCCAAAGAAGAGGCUGCUUAUAUAAUAAGGAAUGUGGGCAAUGAAGCUGCGGAGAAGAAGAAAAUCGUCCAUCCUUGGAAGAAAAUUCUCACUUCGACUGCUGUUUGGGCAAUUAUGGUAUCACAUUUUGCCGAUAAUUGGACUUACACUACACUUCUUACUCAACUGCCAACGUUUCUCAGUGAUAUAAUUGGAUUGAAAGUUCAAACGUCUGGAAUUAUUUCGGCAAUUCCUUACAUCACAAGAAGCUGCUUUUUAGCAAUCGGAGGUUAUCUGGCUGAUUGGUGUCAAAUUAAGGGAUACUUGACUACCAGACAAGUUCGUCGAUACUUCAAUUGUGGAGCCUUUGUAUUGAUCUCUGCUUGUAUAUUGUUUGUUACGUUCUUAGAAAAUUCUCUUGCCAUUAUCUUCUUUUUAUCCUUAAUCGUCGGUUUCGGAGCCUUUGCUAAUAUCGGUUUCAUGAUCAAUCCUUUGGAUAUAGCGCCGAACCACGCUUCAGUCAUUCUUGGCUUAUCCGCCACUACAAGUGUCGGAGGAAUCGUCAGUCCUUUGCUGACCGGCGCGAUUGUGACUGAUAAAGCGAAAGAUCAGUGGCAAAUCGUCUUCUUCAUAUGCGUGGGAAUUAAUGUGGUUGGAUGUCUUUUCUACUGGUUCUUCGCCAGAGGAGAAUUGCAACCUUGGGCUGUGUCACUGUCAGACGCUCAUGAAAUGACUGAUAACGCUAAGAACACUGAUAAGGAGAGAGUUCACAAAGACAACUCUGAUUCACGAUAAAGCUUGUAGACAAUGUAAUUUAGCGA